GAUUCGUCACUUGACCCCGCCUUGCAUUGCUUUGAGCUCGUUUACAAAGACCCUGCCUCGAUUCCUCCCUCCAAUCCUGUAAAAUGUCUGUGAGGCCUGCUCUCUCUACUCUAGAGAGCGCCGCCCAGCGCCGAUUCCGCUGUUACCGACGGUUACCCAAUUCCUGCACGCCAAGACAGACAAGGAGCCAUAUUGGAGGGAAACUGCGGUACGCUAACAACAGCAACUACAAGAACGAUGUGAUGAUUCGAAAGGAGGCUUACGUGCACAAGAGUGUGAUGGAGGAGCUGAAGAGGAUAAUUGAUGACAGUGAAAUCACAAAAGAAGAUGAUGCUUUGUGGCCUCCUCCUGAUAGAGUGGGCCGACAGGAGCUCGAGAUAGUAAUUGGUGACGAGCACAUCUCUUUUACCACAUCAAAAAUCGGUUCCCUCAUUGAUGUAAAUCAGUCCAAAGAUCCAGAAGGCUUGAGAGUGUUCUAUUACCUGGUCCAGGAUCUUAAGUGUCUUGUCUUCAGUCUGAUUGGACUCCACUUCAAGAUUAAGCCGAUUUAAAUCAGACAAACAGAAGUUUGCAUUGCAGUGUUUGUAGUAGUAAUGUGAAGAUCCUUUUCCAGUUCUUUACAGUUUCUGAAAUUUUUUUGUAUUUUAAUUUUUUUUGAUUGUUGUUGUUACAAACUGUUAAUGAACUAAUAAAACAGGUGAGAUUUGUGUUUUUAAACUGUGGUGGGAGACUGACUUUUAACACUUUUAUAACAGUGCAUUCAGAGUUUCCCAUCUUUUGUACAGUUCAGUAGAGAAGGUAAUUUCUUUGGCUCUGCAAUUAAACUUCCGCUGUUAAGAGCUGCACUUUCUGCUUCCUAGACAAUACCAGCAAUACCCGCAGUGCACAGCACUAGAGCAAGGUUUGAAGCUUGGCUCUGAAAUGAAACUUCAGCUGGCUAUAAAGGCAAGACUUCGUUACUAUUUUGAGCUGCAUAUUCUGUUGUCCAAAUAACAGUAUAACAAGGGCACAGCAGUAGAAAAAGGAAUGAAGCUUGGCUCUGAAAUUAAACUUUUGCCAGAUGUCAAGGCAAACUUUUGUUACUAUCCCAAGCUGGGUAUUCUGACAAAUUCUGACUCUGCACAGGAUAACUGGUUUCAGCAGUCACUGAUCCCCUUUAUCCCAGCCUGGGCUUACUUGCUUGCCUCCAGAGUAAACAAGCCACCUGGCAGCCAUCCAGGAUCUUCACUUUUCGUCCCGUUCAGUUUCAGAGAAGCUGAAGAGCAACCUACAAUGUAUUUAGUUCAGUUCUAGACUAGCAGAUCUGUUGUGUGGCAUUAGUUUAAAGACUUUGAGGGGAGCCCCUCAGGCCCUGAGGGUGGACCCCAUGGCAGUGCUGCCAAACUGCGCUUUUGCUUUCUCUUAACACAUCUGUGUUGUCUGAGAAAACGCUGU